GCUCCUUUCACCUCCUUCUCCUCCCGAGUCCCCCGCGCAUCUGUAUAUCGCUGUCAUUCGCCAUGGACGACAUGCUGGCGCAGGAGUACGCCGAAGAAAUUGGAGCCAUGGUGGCCUCGCUGACGGAAGAGCGGGAGGCGGUCGCGUUGGAGAUCAGCGUCCUGCAGUCGAUCUACGGAGAGAACGCCGUGCUCCCCUUCCACCCCAGCCCCGGCGCCUCGCCGCCGCACAUUAACGGGCUUAGGGACGCUGGGCCGUCGGAGACCGUGCGCUAUGUGGUCGUUCUCAACCUGCCUGACCACGACGAGGAAGCGUCGAUCCGCGUACUCGUGUCCCUGCCGCCCUCGUACCCCGCCGCGUCCGCACCCCAGUUCCAGCUCCUCUCCAAAUGGAUCGGCAACUUCGGCGUCGACGCCGGUCUCUUUGGCGAGGUCAUACGCACGUUUUACUCGUCCGCUACCGGCGUCGAAUGGAGCGCGGACAGCGUGUGCGUGUUUGACGGGCUGCAGAACGUCCUCGAGCGGUGCGCGGCGUGGUACGAGGGGAAGCUGAACCAGGAGAAGGUGGGCGAGCUGCUGAGAGAGGGGGAACACGCUUCCGCUGCGAAUGAUGCGCCCCGUGCGCACGAUGUGGGUGAGAUAGAGGAGCAGGUGCGGAGUGCGAGGGUUGCGUCGGACGAGGCGAGGCUGCCAGACGGGAUACAGCUUACCAUUGCCGAUCCCAUUGUCGAUCGGAAGAGCAUCUUUAUUGGGCGGGCAUGUCGAAUAACGAGUCCAGACGAGCUCCUCCUCGGUGGCCGGGUCUGA